AUGGUCCACGCACGUUCCGUUGCAUCUCAGAACCACAGAUGUGCACAAGGCGACACGAGGCUGACAAGCUACAGACUCCUCUCCCACGCAAUCCACAGCCGCCUCCUCGACUCGUCCCACCUCCCGACACUCCUGCGCGCCACCCGCGGCGCUCUGUUCCCCAACAACGCCCAGGGCGUCUCGUCUCUCACGCCGCCCGCCGACGAGAGCCAGCUGCGCGCCCUGCGCCGCCGUUGCGCUAGCGCCCUCUUGGCCCUGGUACCGAGGUGGCUGUCUCGCUUCUACCUCAGCGGGCGAGGCCUCGGCCUCCGCUCGCGGACCGUUCCGAGUCACCGUCUCAGUGGCAGUGGCGAGCUAGCAGCGACGCGCGAAGAGGGCGAACGGGAUGUUGGCACUAGCGGCGGGCAAACUUCGACGGAGGAGCGCGAGGAAAGCGAGGAGGAUAGGACGGCGGAGGAGGAGCGGGUUCUGCGCGAGAUCGAGGAGGGGAUACUGGACGUGUUCUCUGACGAGUACUGUAACAGACACCUCGUGUAUGGCAUAUUAGAGCUCAUAUUGGUGCGGCUCAUGCCCGAGCUGGCGGAAAAGGGGGUCGCCGAGCUCUGGGACGAAAGGUUAAGCUGA